UCCUUCCUGGCGUUCAAGCCCCGAGUGCUGAAUGCUCCGAUGGUGUACAGAUUUUGAUGUUAUUACAAUAGUGGGCGACGUCACGUCUCAACACCGGAACAUUGUACUAAACAAUUGUUUACCUUAUAAUUGUCCAAUAUGUUUAAUACGUAUUGUAAAAUUUCAAACUUGCCAUGAAGACGUGUAUCAUGCUAAGCGUUCUUCUGUUGUCACAUUUGUGUACCGCAAAAUUUCCUCCUUGGUUUAAGUUUGGUGCUGCAACUUCCUCGUAUCAAAUAGAAGGAGCCUGGAAUAUUAGUGACAAAACUCCAAGCAUCUGGGAUACAUUUUGUCACAUUAAAUAUGACGUUAAAUGCUCCAAUACAAAUGGUGACGUAGCAGCCAAUUCCUACUAUCAAUGGGAAGAAGAUAUUGCCGCCUGUGCUGCCUUGGGACUAGACUAUUACAGAUUUUCAAUAUCCUGGACAAGAAUCCUACCCACAGGAUAUCCAAACAAAAUAAGCAAAGAUGGCGUUCGAUACUACAAUGAACUUAUCAACGGACUGCUCGCAAAGGGAAUCGAACCGAUGGUCACAAUGUAUCAUUGGGAAUUACCACAAAACUUACAAGACUUGGGUGGUUGGACAAAUGCUCUUAUAGGCACUUGGUUUGCGGAUUAUGCAAAGGUGUUAUUUAGUCUUUUCGGUGAUCGAGUCAAGACUUGGCUGACUAUCAACGAGCCAUUAAUCAUGUGUGCAGCCGCAUACGGCGAAAACACCGGCUUUGCCCCAGGAAUUAGCGAUCCGAAUUACGGAGCCUUUUUGUGCGCUAAGAACACUUUGUUGGCCCAUGCGCGUGCCUGGAGAAUUUAUGAUGUGAUGUUUAAACCAAAACAUCGUGGUAAAGUAAGUAUUGCAAACCAGAUAUUCUGGCUGGAGGGAAAGAGUGAGGAGGAACGGAAGCUUGGGGAGCUCACCUAUAGUUUAAAUGUAAUUUAUACAUAUCCAGUAUUUUCGAAGAACGGUGGAUGGCCGGAAGAGAUAGAAGAGAUAAUCGCCACUAACAGUAAAAACGAAGGUUUUAGCUUUUCUAGACUGCCACCAUUUACUACAGAGGAAAUUAAUUUUGUAAAAGGUACGUAUGACUUUUUCGGUUUAAACUACUACACAAGUCGUGUAGUUCGGAAAGCUACGAUGGAUGACAGACUGGAAUGGCCCUUCACGGGCUCUCAAGAAUUAGGAUCUUUUUUGACGGUUGACGCUACAUGGAGGAAUGAAAAUAUUGUACCUUGGUUAUAUGAAUAUCCAAUCGGACUCCGUCGAAUAUUGGAGUGGGUUAAAAAGGAAUUCGGUGACAUUGAAAUUAUAGUAACGGAAAUAGGCUAUGGUGAUGGUGGAGAAGAUGAAAAUGACUAUAACAAAAUACGAUAUCACAAUAAGCAUUUAGAGCAGGUGGAACUCGCGAUUAAGGCAGGGAUAAAUGUAACUGGAUACACAGUUUGGAGUCUAAUUGACACGUUUGAGUGGGAGUCUGGAAAUACAGUGAAAUUCGGUCUCUACAAAGUGGAUUACGAUGAUCCGAAGCGCGCACGCAUACCUCGCCCAUCCGCUAAGUUCUACGCAGCCGUCAUACAAACUAGAUCUUGUGAUGUUUUACAUACAUACAUUAACGAUGAACUUUAAAGUAUUAUU